AUGGUUAAUUGUUUAAAAAAAUUUCAAACACGAUCUGAUCGUUUAACAUUAGCAAAUUUUGAUGAACGUUUACGUAAAUUAGAAGAUAUUCGUUGUGAAUGUGAACAAUCUCGAACAUUAUCACGUGAUAUAUAUGCAACUGAAACAUAUAAAAUAGUUAGUGAAGAACAUUCAAUUACAAUUAAACUUUUUUAUCAAUAUUUAUACGAAGAAAAUCAAUUUUAUAAUAAUAUAUCUCGAUAUUUAUCAUCAAAAAUGCCUGAAAUUGAACAAAGAUUAGAAAAUGAUGAUUUAAUUCUAUUAUUUGGUUAUGAUCUUAUAAAACAUUGUUCAAAAAAAAAAGAAACAUUAAUUGCUUAUCCAAUUGAAAUAUGUAUUCGUCUAUUAGAAAAUAGUUUAAAUGAAGAAGGUCUUUUUCAUAUUGCACCAUGA